AUGGAUACAAGUAUCACAGAUGCUGUUGAUCAUCCAAUGAAGGAUGCAGAAGCGCCUAAUGGGUUCAACCGCACUAGCAACACCAGUAUCGACGACGAUGACACGGCGUCUGAGGAUCCAUGCGAGGCCGAUGAAGAUCCACCACCUCAAGAUAUAACCUUCGAUCAGAUGCGUCGUAGAGGUUUGCUGCCAACAGGCUGUUGUUAUGAUGACCGGAUGAAGUUGCAUAUGAAUGCGGACUUUUCACCCAACGCACAUCAUCCUGAAGAUCCCCGUCGUAUCCACGAGAUAUUCAAGGCAUUCAAGAAGGUUGGCCUCGUCUAUACAGGUCCCGAGGCAGAGUUGCCAAGAAUUAUGCGGGAGUGUCCCACGCGUUAUAUGUGGCGCAUACCUGCUCGUGCUGCCACCCGAGAGGAGAUUUGCCUCGCCCAUCAUCCUGAUCACUUUAGCUGGGUGGAAAACCUUGACAAGAUAAGUUCGGUCGAGCUUCGAGAACUGACUAGGCAAUAUGACCAAGGGCGGGAAUCUCUCUAUGUUGGUAGUAUGUCUUACCAGGCCGCCCUACUUUCAGCCGGGGGAGCCAUCGAAACCUGCAAGAACGUCGUGACUGGUCAAGUCAAGAACGCAUUCGCCGUGAUCAGGCCACCAGGUCACCACGCAGAGUUUGAUGCGCCAAUGGGUUUUUGUUUCUUCAACAACGUCCCAGUGGCAGUCAGGGUCUGCCAACAGGACUAUCCAGACAUUUGCCGGAAGGUUCUCAUCCUGGAUUGGGAUGUUCACCAUGGUAAUGGUGUCCAAAAUAUUUUCUAUCAGGACCCAAACGUCUUAUAUAUCUCUCUCCAUGUCUACCAAAACGGUCUCUUCUAUCCCGGUAAACCCCCAAAUGAUAUGACGCCAGAUGGUGGAAUCGACAAAUGCGGAACGGAUGCUGGCCUUGGUAAAAACAUCAAUAUCGGCUGGCAUGACCAAGGCAUGGGUGACGGGGAAUACAUGGCGGCAUUCCAAAAGAUUGUGAUGCCUAUCGCCAAAGAGUUUAAUCCGGACCUCGUGGUUAUCUCUGCGGGAUUUGAUGCUGCUGAUGGCGAUGAACUAGGGGGCUGCUUCGUUUCUCCCAGUUGCUACGCUCAUAUGACACACAUGUUGAUGUCCUUGGCUGACGGAAAGGUUGCAGUGUGUCUAGAGGGAGGCUACAAUCUUAAGGCUAUCUCGGUGUCUGCAGUGGCCGUUGCGAAGACGCUCAUGGGUGAACCGCCGCCAAAGAUGGAAAUUCCUAAGAUCAAUAAGGAGGCUGCACGCAUACUUGCCAAAGUCCAAGCUCAUCAGGCCCCAUAUUGGGAGUGUAUGAGGGCAGGCAUCGUUCGCAUUCCUACCGACAUCCAGCCAACGAUAUCCAGCCGUCUACAUGACGUGAUCAGAAACGCCCAGAGACAGGUUCUGCAAGCAAAGCACAACAUGAUACCUCUCUACAUCCAGCGCGAACAUCUAUACAAGUCAUAUGAGAACCAGGUCUUAGUGACACCAGGCCUCCAUCAGGAAAAGAAGGUUCUCAUUAUCAUUCACGAUCCUCCUGAGCUUCUCGCUCAGCCGGAUGUUAUAGACAGAUCUGUCGACCCUCACAAUGCCUGGGUGGUUGAUGGUGUAACGGAUUACAUUGACUGGGCAGUGGAUCAAAAGUUCGGUGUCAUGGACGUUAAUAUCCCAGCCUAUGUCACCCACGACGAGGAAUCCGAGUCUUAUGUACCUGGUUUCAAAGAGAAGGCUCUCUCGGAACAGAUCCAGACGUUGGUGUGUUACCUGUGGGACAAUUACUUGCAGCUUUAUGAUGCCGAUCACAUUUUCUUCAUGGGCGUUGGCAAUGCAUAUCUUGGAGUCAAAGUCCUGCUCCUAAACCGAGAUUGCAAGUCAAGAAUCUCUGGGGUCGUAAACUUUGCCAACGGAACGCUCAGGCCAGUCAAGUCAGAGUUUGAUUCAGAUCUAUCAUCGUGGUAUAAAGAGAACUCACGAGUCUACAUUGCAGGCGAUCAUGCAUGCUGGGCUGAUCCUGAUCUGACUCGAAAAGUCAACAAGCGGCGCUUCGGGACAGUCGUUCGUAGCCCAAUGUUUGGUCUGAACAAGAUGAUGGCGCAUCACGCCAAGGAGGCGCGGGAGUGGAUCCUCGAGAGGGUCGAAGAAGUAGCAGAUGCCGAUAUGACUGAAGAUGAAAAGUCAUAG